UGGGCUUUCGGGCUAUGUGGGGGCUCGGAGUUCAGAGGCCAGAGUCAAGCUAGGCCUGGGGGAGGACGGGUCCCAGGACCCGAGAGUUCCACGUCUGGCUUGCAGUAGGGGACAAGACGCGAGCACCUACGCCAAAGGGGAGCAAAGCCGGGCGCGGCGCGAGGCCCCCAGGACCUCCAUCUCCCAAUGCCGGAGGAAUCCACCACGUGACAGUCUGAUUGCUGUCUCUGGCUAGAGGAGCCCCGUAAGCGCCAUGGCUCCCAAGAAGCCUCUCUGCCUUCCCUCCCUGCUGCUGCCGAUCCUGACGCUGCUGCUGCCCCAGGCCGACACUCGGUCGUUCGUAGUGGAUCGAGAUAACGGCAGAUUCCUCCUGGAUGGGGUCCCGUUCCGCUACGUGUCUGGCAGCCUGCACUACUUUCGGGUACCUCGGGUGCUUUGGGCUGACCGGCUUUUCAAGAUGCGAAUGAGUGGCCUCAAUGCUGUACAGUUUUAUGUACCCUGGAACUACCAUGAGCCAGAGCCUGGGGUCUAUAACUUCAAUGGCAGCCGGGACCUCAUUGCAUUUCUGAAUGAGGCAACUAUAGCGAACCUGUUGGUCAUCCUGAGACCAGGACCUUACAUCUGUGCAGAGUGGGAGAUGGGGGGUCUCCCAGCCUGGUUGCUUCGAAAACCUACAAUUCAUCUGAGAACUUCAGAUCCAGACUUCCUUGCUGCAGUGGACUCCUGGUUCAAGGUCUUGCUGCCCAAGAUAUAUCCAUGGCUCUACCACAAUGGGGGCAACAUCAUUAGCAUCCAGGUGGAAAAUGAAUAUGGCAGCUACAGGGCCUGUGACUUCAACUAUAUGCGGCACCUGGCUGGGCUCUUCCGUGCACUGCUAGGAGAUAAGAUCUUGCUCUUCACCACAGAUGGGCCUGAAGGACUCAGAUGUGGCUCCCUCCAGGGACUCUUUACCACUGUAGAUUUUGGCCCAGCUGACAACAUGACCAGAAUCUUUACCCUCCUUCGGAAGUAUGAACCCAAUGGGCCACUGGUGAACUCUGAGUACUACACCGGCUGGCUGGAUUACUGGGGCCAGAAUCACUCCACACGGUCCAUUCCAACUGUAACGAAAGGACUAGAGAACAUGCUGAAGUUGGGAGCCAGUGUGAACAUGUACAUGUUCCAUGGAGGUACCAACUUUGGAUACUGGAAUGGUGCUGAUGAGAAGGGACGCUUCAUUCCAAUUACUACCAGCUAUGACUACGAUGCACCAAUAUCUGAAGCAGGGGACCCCACACCUAAGCUUUUUGCUCUUCGAAAUGUCAUCAGCAAGGCCUUCCCUGAACCCCAGGUUAAGAAUUUUGCACAGGGGUCUCCAAAUAGGGAUUAUUUGUAUGGUUUUCCUAUGGUUCCUAAGAGAAUUUGGGCUCAGUUCCAGGAAAUUCCCUUGGGUCCUUUACCUCCCCCCAGUCCCAAGAUGAUGCUCGGACCUUUGACCUUGCACCUGGAUGGGGAUUUGCUGGCUUUCCUAGAUUUUCUGUGUCCCCAAGGGCCCAUCCACUCAAUCUUGCCAUUGACCUUUGAGGCUGUCAAACAGGAUCAUGGUUUUAUGUUGUACCGGACCUAUCUGACCUAUACUGUUUCUGAGCCAACACAAUUCUGGGUGCCAAACAAUGGAGUCCAUGACCGAGCCUAUGUGAUGGUGGAUGGGGUGUUUCAGGGUGUUUUGGAACGAAACAUGAAAUACAAACUAUUUUUGAUGGGGAAAUUGGGGGCCAAACUGGAUGUCUUGCUGGAGAACAUGGGGAGGCUCAGUUUUGGGUCUAACAGCAGUGACUUCAAGGGCCUUUUGGAGCCACCAGUUCUGGGGCAAACAAUCCUUACCCAUUGGCUGAUGUUCCCUCUGAAAGUUGAUAAGCUUGUAAAGUGGUGGUUUCCCUUCCAGUUGUUAAAAAGGUCACAUCCUGAAACUCCCUCCGGGCCUGCCUUCUACUCGGCUACAUUUCCAAUUUCAGGCUCAGGCCGGGACACAUUUCUCUUUCUACCUGGAUGGACUAAGGGCCAAGUCUGGAUCAAUGGGUUUAACUUGGGCCGGUACUGGACAAAGCGGGGGCCACAACACACCCUCUACCUGCCAAGACCCCUGCUGUUUCCUAGCGGAGCCCUCAACAGAAUCACAUUGCUGGAGCUAGAAAAUGUGCCUCCCCAGCCCCAAGUCCAAUUUCUGGAUAGGCCCAUCCUUAAUUGCACAUUGCGCAAGACAUACAUCUACUCCCUCUCAGCUGGUGUACAGGGUACCUCUGAACUGAUGCAGUUAAGUGGGCACUGAAAGGAAGGUAACCCUUGGACCUAGGACAUGGAAUGGGCGGGACCCCUUGGUGCUGGCCAUGGUGACUAUAAGGAACAAAAGGCCACUAGGCCGGAAUGUAAGUACAAGCACAGUUUCCUUGCCAAACUUUAUUGUGAUUAAAGUUCCAGAGACAGUAGCAGCUCCA